AUGAAGACGGAAUGUCAUUUGACUUUUGAUGGAUUGGCUAAGCAUAGCGAAGAACUUCUAAAAGCUUUGGACGAGGACGUCAUAUGCUUCUCCAAGUUGUCAGAUUUUCCCUAUAGGAAAAAACUUGCUCACGCUGCUUUGCUUGAACUUGUUGAGGAAACAGCUGAAAAAACAAGGAAUACAAACGUGGAGGAAGAGAAACCAUUGGAAACUCUACAGCUAUUUACAGAAUGGUCUGAGGAGUCUGAUGCUUGUGGUCGGCCGUUAGCCACACAAUCAUCUGAUAGGUGUACCACAGGAGAAGCUGCUUUUAUUGGUGACCUUAAAAUUAAGGAUCUCACUCAUGCGGCAUUUGUGCUUUCAACUCAACCCCAUGCGAAAAUUGCUGAGAUCGACACCUCACUUGCUCUUGAGCAAGAAGGUGUCCUUGGAUAUAUUAGCAUAAAAGAUAUCCCAGAAGGUGGCACAAACAAUCCGGGCUUAUCACCACUAAAUACUCUUGGUAAAGAUGAUACUCCCAUAUUUGCUGGUGAAGAGGUAAGAACGGUAAGAACUGGUGCACAAGAACAUACCUACAUGGAGACUCAGAGUUGUAUUGCUAUUCCUGGAGAAGAUGAUGAAUGGAUCAUUCAUUCAUCCAGCCAAGCUCCAGCAAGUAUCCAGCUGCACGCCUCAGUUGCACUUGGAGUACCCAGUCACAAAAUUAUAGUCCGAGUACGAUUUAACAUUUUGAAAACAGAAGGCUAG